AUCCAUGCAGCUGAUGGGUCCUUUGGUUCUCUCUAUCACCUUACGCCCUUAUUCCCAUUCGGCGUGUUCAUCGUCUGUUUAUUAUUAUUGCCCUAGUUGUCUUCGUUGUGGUUGUUUUUCUUCCAGGCUUGCAUCUUGCUGCGUCUCCGCCCGCUCGAUCGUCGCUCUGGGGACUGUUGGCGCAUUGCAGUGCGCACGGGCUGUGCCAGGGGUGCGAUUAGGAGUUGGGUUUUGGCUAUUCCGCCUGUUGGAGGCUGCUUCGAGAGUUGGGUUAUGGAGAAGUGGUGGUGGGAUUGAGGGGUUUGGAUUUGGGGUUGGAGCGUGCGUUUCGUUGCUGGAAUCGGUUGGGGUUGGUGCUGCUUGCGAGGCGGUGUUUUUUGGUUCUGGUGGUGGUGGUGGUAGUAGGGGGCAACCUAAUAGCAAUAUUUAUACGAGUGCUCCACAAGGCUUGGGGUUCAUCAGUGUUCAACCGUCUGGGCAUGUGUGGGAUUCUUGCGACUGACUGACGGACACUCGCUUGGAUUUCUAACUUGAGAACAAAAGGGAUUUGAAUCGGUAUAUUUUUCCACACAUUGGGGCAUCCAUGUUGAAGUGGCAACCUCAACCGGGGGGUUUUUUGCAUUUAAGUGCAACAGCAAUUAGGUUUCUAUACAACUGCGAUCAUUGCCUUGGAAGUGGUUAUACGGUUCGUCCUUAAUUAGCAUUGUGUAUCAAGUUCGUCUUUGUUCCGGCCUUUGGUGCUCUUUCGAUCUGGACUCUGGAAGUUGGCAGAACUGAUGCCUCCUUGUUUCAGCCACGCGGGACUGGAAAAUUUCGACGGAACGGGAUUAGAUUCAGAAUUUGGUGAUUGACAGGGUGAUGUUCACGAGGGGCAUGGUCGAGCACUGAACGCACAAAGCCUGGUGAGGCUGAGGCUCUUGGAGUAUUUUUUUUUGGGGUUCACAGGGUGUUUGCAUAUCUGGAUGCUACGUUGACGAUUUUCGAACCAUUUUUCUGGUGUGCAAAUUCAAGUUUUUCUUUGAUCAAUGUUGGUGGGGGGUUCAGCAUAUUCACGCCGGUUGACAUAAUUAUUUUCACGUGGAAAGUGCUCUUCCUUUUCCUUAGAGCAUCGGCUUUUAAGCUAUUACUAGAAUUGAAUUGCUCUAAAAUGUCGAGAGCUACUACUGCUGGUUUAUCGAGAAGCGGAAAAGUGAAGACCGUUCGUACGUUACUUGCUGUGAUUUGCGGGAAGAGGUCAAAAAAUAAUCUCUCUGGUCAUGAGGUGGAAAACGAUCGAAAAAUUGAAAGGCACGCAAAUGGUUAUACUCUCCAUGAAAGCAGAAGCAACAGCGGCCAACUUCAACAUCAGUUCGCAGACCUUGAGACGUCUGGAUACCUAGAGGUCCACAUAAUAGAUGAUCCUACAAAAGAAGAGUUAGGGUGGAAACUUGAAAAGCUACAUCCUGAUUUCCUUCUUCUUCAUGGCGAGUGUUCGUGUAGCAAAGAUGAUAUCGGUGGGCUUGUGCUUCGAGAUGGAAGCCAGCUCUCAGCUGAUGCCCUUGCAUCCUUGUAUGGUGCUAAGGUUCCAAACUUGAUAUAUCUAGAGACUUCUGGGGCCAAGCUUGGUGAUGCCCUGCGUUCUCAGGGUGUACCCCAUGUGAUUUACUGGAAAGGGGCUCCAACUCUCACGCUUGCCUCUCACUUCCGUCAAGCAUUAUUGGCUGCUCUAAGAAGCUCUGCAACAGAAGCCAAAGAUGCCUUUCAAAUAGCAAAUGCAUCUUUUCAGAUUCAUUGUGGGCAAACUAAGACUGCCAGCGUCAACGGUCAUGAGAAGGCAAGCAAUGUGUUGCCUGUGCUUCUGGCACCUGCGGAUCCUAAGGCUUCAGAUGAGGAUUCAUCUACCUCUGCUGAUGAGGAGGAUGAGAAACAAACCAUACCCGCUGACUCUGCACCCGUUCAAAUAUACGACGACGACAUCAAUAUCCGACUUCUAGUUUGUUCCGAAGCUAGUCGACCGACCCCUGCUUGGUUUGCAGCUCUUGAAACCGGAUUGAGUGCGCUUUUGACAAUUGAGGCGAAAGGAGUCCGUCUUUUGCAUCGUGCCAGUGCUCCGGCACCACCUCAGGCGGCUUCAUCCUUACAUCGUGGAGUUGUCACCAUGCGUUGUGACAUUUGUACAACAACUUUUGCUCGUAUUGCUCUGCUAGUUUCGGGAGCUGCUCAGACGUGCUUUGACGAUCAGCUGCUAGAGAACAGUGUCCGAAAAGAACUUUUGGAAAGGUGUGUAAAGAUCCGUUUAGUUGAGGAUAGUGAAUCUCAGAAACCUCGCUUGAACCAUAAUUUGAGGCGUUCGGUUUCUAUUGCAAGUGGUUCCUCAGUUGUGGAGCUGAAGAUCAGGGCUCCUACAUGGGUUGGGCAGGUACUGAGACAGCUGGCAUCUGAACCAUCCUACCGUAGUCUAGUGGCACUUGGAAUAGCUGGUGUUGAAGGAGCACCUGUAAAUGCAUUUUUGAAAGAGGAUUCUGCUCACUUAGUUUCUUUAAAACGUUCGCGGGACUGUCCAUCCAUUAAAGAGAUUCCCAGUAGUUCAUCUGUACCUUCUUGGUUGACCCCUCCACCUGCGAGCAGAAAAAGGAUGAGGGUUAUUUCAUCUCAUUCAACUGAUAGCUUGAAAGAGCACGAUAGGAGAUCGUCAAGAGCUAAUGCGGAUGCAGCAGCCUCGUCAAGUAAGCAUGGGAGCAUAACAUUAUUGGCAGCGAUGAAACCAGUGCCACAUUCUAAUCGGCGGAGAUUCAUGCCUUUUGCAAAUGCUGUGAUGGCUGCCCAACAUGCUGGAUGGACCAUGAAGCUAGACCAGACAACCAGGGUGGAGCGUAGACGGCAACGAAGGCCACAUACAGGAAGACCAAGAACUGCGACAACGCAGGGAAGCGGCGGCUUAGUGAAUCCUCACUUGUCAAUUACCCCCGCCAUGGUAAAGCCACAUGGGUGCAGUCGACCACCUAUGGAAGAAUGCACAGAGGAUGAGUUUCUGCAGGAUCUGGUGAACUUCCUAGAAUCAAGAGGUCAUAACCGGCUUGUUCCCCCAGCUGGCCUUGAAGCGUUUCCAGAGGUUGUCCUUAACGGGAAACGUCUUGACCUUUACAAUUUAUAUAAAGAGGUGGUGUCAAGAGGAGGCUUCCACGUUGGAAAUGGCAUCAACUGGAAAGGUCAAGUUUUUUCGAAGAUGCAUAAUCAUACAUCAGUCAACAAAAUGACAGGGGUUGGGAACACUCUCAAAAAGCACUAUGAGACGUAUCUCUUGGAGUACGAGCUUGCUCAUGAUGAUGUUGAUGGUGAAUGCUGCAUACUAUGUCACAGUGGGUCAGAGGGGGACUGGGUCAAUUGUGGAAGUUGUGGAGAAUGGGCCCAUUUUGGGUGUGAUCAUCGACUAGGACUGGGAGCAUUCAAGGAUUAUGCGAAGACAGAUGGCUUGGAGUACAUCUGUCCUUGUUGCUCUGAAGGGAAGCCAAACUCACGACGAUCUAAGAAGUUUCUAGAGGUGAAGAGCUCCCAAGAAAUACAGUCUCCGCCUAGCGACCAUCCUCCUACAAAACAGAGGAGAAGCUAACAACUGUCAUUUUUAUGUCUCCAAACGCGAAGUAAAGCUACCAGAGAUGGGAUCAAUCGACACGUAUCAUAUCUACUGUGUUGGUUGGAUCCUCUAGUCGGCAAUUCUAUUAACAACAGUGUCUGAAGAAAGUGCAAACUCAACACCCUGCUGGGAUCAAGUACCUGUCUUGUUUAUUCUUCUUCACUGAAAUGCAUCACAGCAUUAACUCGUUGUAGGAUAUUUUAGAACUGGUACAUGUAACAUCCCUUUGAAUGCAACCAGGAAGACAGAACGGACGCUGUUGAAUGUUGUUUUGGGCUAGUACAGCUCACUGCCGACGACAGGUAUUAUCGAACUAGAUAGCAAGACCAGAGGAGAUUUUUCUGAACCAUCAUUGUUACUAUAGGACCUGUAUAAUAUUCACUGUGCAUGGUUUUGUCGCUCUUAUAUUCUCAGAGGUCUCUGUGGGUUGCUUUUUGCGGCUUUGUUGGAUAAUUUGAAUUGAACCCAGUUCCAUUUG